CAGCGGCCAUGACUGGACUAGUACUUGCCUAGUCUUCGCUUCGCACAUCGAGGUUGCAUCUUUCUUUCUUACCCUCAUCAGUGUUUGCUUUCUCUGCUGGGUAUUGGAAUUGAAGCCAGUAGCAGUUCUACCAGCGCCUCUCGUGGCCUUUGAGAGACCUGGAUAUAGAAUACUUGCGGUGAAACAGCCUCCAUUCUCGGGCCAGGAUGUCUCCAUCAUUUGAUAUUCUCUCAGAGGAUUGCCUCGAUACCCUCAUCCUUCAGAUACUUGAAGUCGUACCAUCUGUGCGCAUCGCGUUUCUCUCUUCGCUAGGAAAACGUAUCCAUGAGUCGACUGCUCGCGUAUUGUUUCACACUCUAAUUAUUCAGGACGACGAGCAAGCCCUGCUGUCAUCAACGAAUGCCAGCUUUGCAGCCGUCGUCGCGAACCCGGGUCGUUACGCCAAGCAUGUGAAGAAGCUCAUUGUCCGAGAUUCAGAUACACUCACGAGGGCGUCCAAUGUCACGCUUCCCGACGAUGAAGGUUUCGCGUCGACAUGCACUCCUUUGAGUACUACUUGCCUUGAAAACCUGUUGAAGUCGUAUUCCAAUCUCGAAGCGUUAUGUUGGGAAGGCUACCUUCGACCCCCCGACGGGUUGUGCGAGAUCCUUGUCGCCUGCAAUUCUCGGUUACGUUCUUUCUCUUAUGAUCCCCCAACACUACCCAUAUCGCAACGCAAGAAUCUUGUCAAAUGGGAUGCGCCUUCCCUUCCGCUUCUGGCUGACCUUCCUAUCACGACUCUCCGCCUGUCAUGGCUAUCUCAGACAGGGACACGCACAUUGACAUCUCUUCUUCGAGAUCUCGGCGAGCAUUCCACACUGGAAGAUCUCAGUGUUGAACUCGUAUGGCUCGACGACCCCUUAUGUGAAGCAAUAGCGGCAAGCGGCAGGAAGCUUCGUAAACUACGGCUUAGUACAAGUGGUACAAAAUUAACUGACAAAGGUCUCAUUGCCAUACUGGAAGGAUGCGAUGCGUUGGAGGAUCUUCUGCUUGACCAAAUACAAGGUCGCUUAAGCCGUGCUCUGUGGUCAAAACCGAGCAGCUUUCCGAUGUUGCAUCGUCUUCGCAUAACAAUCUCUGAAACCGGACCUUCUCAUUCUUGGACCACGGACCAUCUCAUAUCCCUAGAAUACCUGCCAACCGCCGGACUAAGCGAAGUGUCUGUAACACGAACUGAAGCGCUUCCGCGUAUGUAUAACGAUGUUCCAAUGUAUGACCCUACUGUCGACGAUGCCAUCUCGCUGCAACCUUUACCGGCCGCUAUGCAACGGAUGCUCCGAGAGGCUAAAUCAUUUACAACCCUACGGUGCGAUUUCUGGAUGUGUUCUAUCACCGACAUCAAAGCGAUUCUCGACGGUUGUCCCAAGCUGGAGUCUGUACAAUUCUGUUUGGAUGCACCUUUUUCGAAACUUCUUGCCCUGACUUCGACCUUUGCUAAUCUUUCAAACUUGAAACAACUACGUGUCUCUGUGAAUCGCGUACAUGCGCCUGGUAAGCCACCCGUGCCCCUGCCACCUCACGACCCGCCUUCUCUUCCCACCUCUACGGAUUCGCCUGUUCUCAAAUCGAAAGCCGUCUUGCCCCAACUAUUGGACUUUGAUCAAAUGCAGAAUCAAACAUGUCUGGCGAAAGCCGAUUUAAGCGAUCCUUCGAUGCCGCUACUACGCGACAUCAAACGCUUUGUUCGAAAAUGUCCAAAACUCGAAAUGCUAGAGUGGUACGGAAAGUUUGGACGAGGUUCGUGGGCCGUGAAACGAGCAGCGAGGUGCUCAAAGAUCAGCAUGAACGUCUCUGUUGAAUAUCAUCCUCCAAAGAUUUCAGAUUCUGUAUGGGCCAUGACGACUCGAGAGCAGGAACUUGAAACGAGUGACAUGCGUUGGAUAGAAACCGUCAGAAGUGGUCAGGAAUGGACCGGAGAGAAGGCCGAGCUUUUGGCCAGCGAACGUCAAGUUAACAAUACGGAUGCUGGCGCUUUUGACGGUGCCGAUGGUAGAUCUGGACGAAACAGAGGAACGGCAAAGAAAAUACGAGCUUCAUCCAUUUCCACGUCUUCGUCGAACAGCGACCUAACACCAUUAACUCCGAAGUUAUCUUCCGAUGGAUCCCCUGUUCAGGUGUUUUCGCCACUAACGCCACCACAUUCUGAUGUGUCUUUUUCGUCAGAUCAAGGUCUUCAGGAAGGAUUCUUUGUAGUUCCUGAAGCGCCAGCCUUGGGCCCUGUUACACCGGGAAAAGGACGACACCGAAGUGCGACCACCUCAUCAAACCAAGAUUCCCGCGCUAGGGAAGGAUUCCCGAUCAACAAAGGUGGCAGGGGCAGAGGACGAGGCGGCAGGAGAAAUACGAGCACCUCCGGAAUGCUAUCCUCGCAAGGACAAGGAUUUGGGAGAGGCGAAAGAAGUUCCAAGCCAGCACGUGGUGGAAAGGAAAGAAGGGCACUUUGAAUGCCAGGUUUCAAUGGCGCUGUAUUGCAAAAUGGAUAGCUGUAACUGUACGAGAAGUGUACAAUAUCAUGGAAAAGAGAAGCAAUGAAAGAGGAAUUCUGAUACUGCAAA